AUGUGAUGAACACGGCAAUCCAACUGUGGACUGGGCCUACAGCUGUAGUCAUAGUGAUUGUGAUGCUAGCAUGCCUGUAUUCCAUCAAACGUUGGAGAACUAAAAGAGCUCAACAAUCAUCAAUUGUUCAACACAACGAUGAAGGCGUUCAGGAUGAUAUAUAUUCUGUAGAAUAUCAGGCCAUAAACAGAUAUUGGCAGAUCAGAGAUGAAGAUAUAGGCAUAUCCUGUGUGCCCCCAGCUGUGAAGCAAGAGGAACGCGGGCACAGACUCUCCUUGCCAGUGUUGGCAGAAUGUUUUUCUACAUCAGGUGGUGGAACAUACAAUGAUGCAUCCGAGAGUUCUGCUGGAGAAACCCAGUCCUACAUUCAUAUAUCACAGGAUGUUUCAGACGGCAAAUCAUCCCAGAGUUCUCCUGGAGACACACAGUCCUACAUUCAUGUAUCACAUGAUGUUGCAGGCAGUGGUGCAACCCAGAGUUCUGCUGGAGACACACAGUCCUACAUUCAUAUAUCACAUGAUGUUGCAGGCAGUGGUGCAACCCAGAGUUCUGCCGGAGACACACAGUCCUCAACUCAGUGGCCACAGAAUGUUGCAGGCAGUAGUGUAGCCCAGUGUUCUGCCGGAGAUACCCAGUCCUCCACUCAUAUAUCACAUGAUGUUUCAGAUGGCGAAUCAUCCCAGAGUUCUGCCGGAGAUGCCCGUUCCCACACGCAUAUAUCACGGGACAAGGCAGAUUCUGAUUCGUCCCACAGUUCUGCAAGUGAUGCUCAGUCCUACACCCGACUCUUGCGUGAUGUUUUUGUUGAUGAUCCCAAGACAGCCGUGAGCUAUAUAUCACCUGUUCAUAAAUAACUAUUAUGUUACUUUAAGUCUGGAAUGUACUUUGUCUGUAAUUCAAAUCUGAUAUUCAGCUCACUUUGAAGACAACUUUGGCAUCAUGAGCUGAUAAUGCAUCCACUAAGUGCUCCGUCGCUGUAAGUGUUGAACACACGACCUGUUAUCAAGGUUUACUGAUCUUUCAAAAUCAGCUGGUUCUACUUCAAAAUGAUAUACAUUUUCAAGAGAGAUGAUGAACCUCGAGCGUCUUUGAUUCAGAAGUCUUUGAACCCAUCAUGCUCAAAUACUUGCCAUGUGUUGUUUUCCUUAUUGUGGCUUUUGAAGGUCUUCUAGUUUAUGUAUCAUUUUUUCGAGGCUUUUCAUUCCCUCCUGAUUGCAGCUGUUCAUCUCUUGGCAGUGGCAAAAGAAGGAAUACCUUCCUUUAAAGUUGAGGCAAUUGAUUGCUGUUGGAGUUAACCCUUUCAGUUAGAUAUACAGCACAGUGGUCAAUGUUGCCAAGUUUUAUAAAAAGAGAACACCUAGAGACUGUGUGGCUGUAGAAACAUGAUAUUUUGUUUCAAGGAACUAAUUUCGAAGUUAGACCUAAUGCGUUUGGGCCACCCAACGUUGUCACAGACUGCGAUAAAUGAAUUGUGUUGAUGUGGUAACCUAACUUCCAUCAAUCCGAAAUAUGGAUGCUUAAUGCCUGGAAAUCGCUUGUGCUGUUCACUGAGGAUGGUGCGUCUUGAAAGAGAAGCAGAACAGGAUGCUGCAUCUUGAAAGAGAAGCAGAACCUGUUGAAUGUGUUUCAGGGUGGAUUAUUUCAGUAUGUGAUGUUGUCAAUGGACGAAUGCACAAACUGAAAAAGAGAAAACACAAAUUUAACGAACCCAUUCUGUUCCAGCCAGCUGCCAUCAAUGAAGCUGCCCUACAUGACAUGUGUGUAGUUGUUUCAAUUAUAUUAGUAUUACUGACAUAUAAGGCCAGUGUCAUGACUGAGGAAGACAUCUGCAACAACAAUACAUCAGCAUUAUCAGCAUUAUCAGCAUGACUCUAAAACCUCAAGAUAUGUUCAUUCCUUUUUUGUACUAGAUUCCAAAGGUUCAUCAAAUCCGUUCAAAGAGAGAUAUAUUGCUUGGUCCAGCAAAGGUACCACCAAAUCCUUGACUCAAAGAUUACUCAUAAACCUUAA